AUGUUGAGUCCAAACAAUUUGGCAAGAAGGCAGACAGGCUCUGAACCUGCGUCAAGAAGUAGGGCAACAAAGGUUACCAAUGUCAUCAAGCAAGUCUUACAGGAUAAGAAUACAGAGCUUGAACAGGAACUGGCUAGACUUAAAGGAGAACUCUCAAAGGCAAAUAAAGCUCAAAUAAAUGCAGAAAAUGCUAGAUUGGAUGCUGAGAAAUCAGCUGAAGAGGCUAGAUCAAGAAUGUUGGAAAAUAAACACAGAAACAGUCCAGUUGAUGAAGUGCCAUAUACAAUUCUGAAACCAAGGGCUUCCGAGUUGUACACAGGCAAAGACAGACUAAGGAGGGCUAUGGGUUUGACAGAAAAUAAGAAGAAGUAUCUGUGUAUCCAGGCAAGAUGCUACCACCCCUAUUUGGCACACUUUCAGAAUGAUUGGGCUACCUCAGAAUUGAUCAAACAAUAUCUCAGUAACUGGGGCAAAAAUGAGUCACGCAAGGAGAGGAAAAUGGUGGCUAGCACUUCACCACCAGAUACCAAUUACCUCAAAUAUGAAGGGGAGCAGGAACAGGAGCAAGAGCAACCACAAGAUGGGGAAAAUACCAGGAAUAUUGAUAAGAAUUGGGAUUAG